CCAUUCCCACUCAUUGCCCACCCCGCUGCCUGUCUCCUAGGCCACUAAACCUCGGCCAUGCCAUGGAAGAAGGCAAGGCAAGUGUGGAGCUGAGCAGCAGUGGAGCCGGCCUGAGUCACCUCCUCUCCCAGCCGCUCUCCGCACUCCGCGUCCCCCAGAGCCGGAUCUGAAGAAUCACCUGGUGCUCCGGAAGGUACAGAUUUCCCUGGUGUGGCCGCCGAGGGUUAAGGCUCCUUUCUCCAGGACCUGACAUGGCCCAGUUGGUGACAGCACAGUUGUUACUCCUGGUGUGGGUGGCCGCAUGUGGAGCCCAGGCCAGUGCUGCUCGGGCCAGGACAGAUCUUCUCAAUGUGUGCAUGGAUGCCAAGCACCACAAGGAAAAGCCAGGCCCUGAGGACAACUUACACCAGCAGUGCAGUCCCUGGAAGAAGAACUCCUGCUGUUCCACCAACACCAGCCAGGAAGCCCACAAGGAUAUUUCCUACUUGUACAGAUUCAACUGGAACCACUGUGGAGAGAUGGAGCCCGCCUGCAAGCGACACUUCAUCCAGGACACCUGCCUCUAUGAGUGCUCCCCCAACUUGGGGCCCUGGAUCCAGCAGGUGGAUCAAAGUUGGCGCAAAGAGCGGAUCCUCAAUGUGCCGCUGUGCCAGGAGGACUGCCAGCGCUGGUGGGAGGACUGUAAGACCUCACAGACCUGCAAGUCCAACUGGCACAAGGGCUGGAACUGGGAAAAAGGUUACAACCAGUGCCCCGAGGGAGCUGUCUGUCAGCCCUUCCACUUCUACUUCCCCACUCCUGCUGCCCUGUGUGAGGAAAUCUGGAGUCACUCCUAUAAAGCCAGCAACUACAGCCAAGGCAGUGGCCGCUGCAUCCAGAUGUGGUUUGAUCCAGCAAAGGGCAACCCCAAUGAGGAGGUGGCCAGGUUCUAUGCCGAGGCUAUGAGCGGGGCUGGGCUCCUCGGCGCCCGGCCUCUCCUGUGCAACCUGCUUCUCGUGCUGCUCCGCUUGUUCCAGUGAGCUCUUAUCGUCUACUACCUGGUACCCCUCGACCUGCUUAGCACCACAGCUCUCAGUGAAAUCAGUUCCUGCUCCAUGCCGGGGCAUUGGGCAGCCAUUUAUAUAAACCAGACAUUCAACACAUCUGCAUUGUUUGGGAAUAAAUGAGAAUGUGAUUGUUUUGCUUCUUGA